AAAGUCCACCAAAGAAAGAACACCUCCCCCCCCUACCGAACGUUGUGCCAAAACAAGAAAAGGAAUAAACAGAAGAGACGAGAAACGAGGUGUUUUCUCGACUCGACAACGGCGGUUCACGUGCAAUCGGCCGCCCAGCGAGCCCCGGGUGGCACGUCCCUCGGCGUGUGUUGGUGCAGCGGCUCCGCCUCCCCACCUGUCAACACGGAGUGCCCUUGGGGACUGCUCCAGGCGCCCUUCGGACCAUAGACGGGCCCUCCUUCCCACGGGGCGUCGCGCCACUCCUCUAGGACCUCCGGCGGGACAGCAAGUCACAGGAGGCACGAACGCGAAAUGCGGCGCCCGUCCUUCUGCUGCGACCAACAUGGGAGCGGCGAGACGCAGUGCCAGCCCCAGGAGGGCGGCGAGAGCACCCUGGCGCGCGUGCGUCGCUUCCUGGCCGUGCGUGGACUACGACACCCUUGUGAGCGAGGACUGGUGCGCCGAGGAAGUCUCAUUCAGAAGUUAUUUUAGGAAACGCCACAAUUAA